ACUCCCCUCCCGUCCCCAACCAAACCCCGACUUCCCCGAAACUCCCACUCCGCUCCGAACCUAGGGUUAGGGUUUCGGCCCCUCCCGCCCCCGAUUCGAACGAAUCCGCCCCCGCGCGCCAUGGCGGCCGGCUCUAUCGUAGUCGACUUCCCCUCCAUGGGCGCCGCCUUAUGCUUCUCCAGCCUCGAGUCCCUCCUCCGCGACUCCGCCUCCGGCUUCCUCGCCGCUGUCUCCGCCGCCCCAGCCCCCGGUGCCGCUGACCUUACCAACUUCCACCGCGUCUUCUCCCGCGUGCUCAGCGCCUACCCGGACCCCCCGCUCGAGGUUGUCUGGUUCUUCUCCGCGCUCUCCUUCCACGACCGCCCCGACGACAUCCGCUCCCUGCUCCAGCUCCUCUCCGCCUUCGCCGCAUCCUCCCCAGCCGCCGCCAAUCCGCUCGCGCUCCUCGCGCCCGUAGUCUCGGAGCUCUUCCACUCCGACAAGCCGCGCAGGGAGACUGAGGCCCUCGUCGAGGCCUUGCUCAGCUACAUCAGCAUCUGCAGCAGCCGUCCCGCAGCUUCCACUGACGGGUCGAGCGCUGAUACCGGGAGGUUGCUGCCAGCGUUCGGGGAGCUGGUCAAGGUGUGGAGCGUGCGGCACUCGAGGGGCAGGUGCCCGUUCCAGGUGCUUUUCCCGCUCGCCGGGGAGGAGGCGAGGCGGGAGCUCAUGAAGGAAGGCUGCAGCAUCGAGUACCUUGCCGGGGUGGUGGUGGCUGAGGCGUUCCUGCUCAGGCUCUGCCUCAAGGUGCAGGGUGCUACAGGGGUACCGCGCACCGAGCUGCAGAAGGAGCUCAGGAUCUGGGCGGUCAGCUCCAUCACGGCCUUCCGGAGCCAGCAAUUCUUCGGGGUCCUGCUGAACAUGCUCUUGAACACUCCGCUGCCUGUUUACUCACUAUUGAGUGCUGAUGAUGAAAUCUUGGUGAGAGAUAUCCUUUCCGAUGCUCUGAUCUUGGUGGAUUACUCUUUCAUUAAUAAUGGAGCUGGAGUUGAUCAAGCUGAUAGUUCCCUUUUGCCUACAUUUGUGUCAAGAUUGAUUGUUACUCAUGAUGCUAUCAAUGAAGCCAGAAGCAAAGGUGAUCAUGAGAGAGCAAUGUCGUUUAUCAAUGCCUUCUCAACUUCAAAUGUUCCCAGUUAUCUCAUCAAGUGGACCACUCGUCAAGCUGGUUUUCACCAACUCAGCAAACCUGUUGCGAAUACACCCCAAGCUCUUCUCCAGUGGCUUGUGGGCCUUGAAGAUAAGGGGCUCAAAGUGUUUGGAGAUAACAGUUCUUGGAUUAAGGGGAGGCUUAUUUAUGACGAUGUCAAGAAUGGCUAUGGGAACAGGAUGAUUCAUUCAGAUGUGGACCUUUUCUUCAUUGAUAAGCAUAGUGGUGGGGUAAUUAUGGACACAAAAGCCGGCGAAGAUGAAGAUGCUGCGGAGAUGGAGACUACAUAUAAUGCUUUUAUGGCUGCUGCUCAGUCAAUGAAGGUGGGGACCAAUGGCAUACGGAAAAGGAAGGGCUGCGGAAACGAAGAUGUAACAGCGGUAAAGUUUGUGAAGUACAAGGUAGAAAACACCUCAGCUAAGGACCUCUUCAUGUCAGCAACUAAUGGCAUGAGCAGUGGUAGUGAGGUAGAGAAUCCGCAGUCCGAUGACGAGAUGGAAGAAACAGACUGAUGCAUAGAAACGAAAUCACCCACUAAUGCUUACUUGGGAGAGUCAUAUUAGAGAGUUUCUUGGACAACUGCCUUUUUUGGAGCCUGGACCAGUCUUCUUGUUUCAGGUGCCACUUCUUAACAAUGUCGUGCAGAACCUUGUUCAGUUCCUGCUUGGCGAUUAUGGAUGGGAGUGGGGUUCUAAGAUAAUAAUCUGUAACAGAAGGUUGGACUCCAGCUAGGCUUUCGGAUAUAGUAGUAAAUGUUAGCUAACUUGACAUUGCGCAUGAUAAGCUAUUAUGCUGUAUGUCUUCUUUGUUAUAUGCUAUAGAGACUUCAAGAUGUAAAUUUGCAUCAAGGACUUCUGUAACAGAAGAGUACUAUACUGUUAUCCCACGGAACCAGUUGGAACUAAUUAAAUCUUAACCUUUCCUGUA